CAGGUCAGUGUGUCAUAUCCAGUGGCCCUUCCUCCUCUUUUUUCCCCACAAUAACAACUCUGUGGGAAAAGUUGGGCAGAGAGAGAGAGAGAGAGACCCAAAUUAAACUGUAGCAAGGGGGAUGUUGGAUGGGGUAUUUUAGAACUGACAGAUUCUUCUCCUGUGGAGGACCAUGUGGGAUCCCAAUGCAGGGCAGCCAGGUGCCCCCAACCCUUCAUACCCAACUGACUUCAAUCCUGCAUACCCACCUCCUGUGAACCCUGCAUUCCCUCCAGGCCCUGUGCCUGCUGGCCCCUGCCCUGUCCCUCCAGUAGGGAUCCCAGGGCAACCUGCCUAUCCACCAGGCCAUCCCAUUCAACCCCCAUAUCCUGGUCAUCAGCCUAUCCUGCCUGGUGGUUCUUUGCCCCCACCUGUUCCUGGUAUGCCUGGAGGAAUAGGAGUCAAUCCUUUGCUGCCUGGGGCUGCUGCUGUGGGCACUUGUGUGAUGGACAAGAAAGCUGCCAAAAAGAUGAAGAAGAAGAUGAAGAAGGCACACAAGAUGCAUAAACCACACAAACACCAUAAGCUGCAUGGAAAGUGUUCCUCCUCCUCUUCCAGCAGCAGUGACUGACUGACAUGUCUCCUGACUUUCCAGCUGCAUCCUUUUCCACCAAGGCUGAUCCUUGCACUGUUCUUCCUGCGUCCAUAGAGUGUUCACUAGAGUGGUCAUUAGAUAAAAAUGACAUCUGCUUGCUCUUUGUCUGACCUUCUGGUAUGGCCAGGUAUCAAGCUUACUCAGGAAUGGUGCUGCUUACUAACCAGACCUGCUAUGAUUGACUCCUGAACAAGCCAAGAGUGGGAGGCCAGACCACUGUUGGGCUUCAAGACCCUGUAUCUGCAUCUGUAAGCAAUAGUGAUUACAUAUCUGCAACCAAUCAUAUCAUCUCUCAGCACCCCAAAUGUUUUAUUGGGAUCCAAUCAAGUGAUCAUUUUUAAGAGGAGGUUGGUUGGGAGAUCCAAAUCCACCCAAGUGCUUUUAAAAAUUAUUAUCACUCACCAAAGUAUUUCCUGAAUGCUCAUGUAGUAUCUGGAAAAAGGACAAAAAAGGAGAGGUGGUUCAAUAUUAGAACUGCAUUUGGAAAGUGUUGCUUAUUUAAUAUAAACUAGAAUAAUCAGCUUUUAAAAAUUGCAAAUAAAAUGUGCUUGAUCAGGGAUAAUGGCAUAAUUAUGUGCACAGAGCUUUAUUAUGAGAUUUCCUUCUCUCUGACACUGACACACAUGCACACACACUCUCUCUCAUGUAUUUAUGGCAUAUUUUAGAAAGCUUAAAUUCUCCAGCAUACAAAAAUGUUGGUGGCUGAUGUUAUGCUUAAUCGAAACACUUUGUUCAUGGCUGCAAUCUUAGUUUAUCUGAAGUUUGUAUUUAGUCUCAGAUAAUAUCUUAGUAAAUUGCUCCAUGGUGUUGAAUAAUCAUAUUACAUACAUGUUGCAUAGUAUGUUCCAAACUUCUGCAUUUGGAGGGAGCAUUUUCUCAUUCUUCAACUCAAGGUUGCCCCGUUGAAAAGGGUUGCUUAGAUAAUACCUAGAUGUGUUUCUAAAAUAAAAGGAGAAGAUUGCAGUUAAUUAUCCAGUUGUUGUUUUUUAAAAAAAGAGAACCACAUCAUUGUCCAGCAUGGCAGAUUGCGCAAGUUGAGAUCUGCACGGGGCUCCCAAUAACCUUGGACGUGGAUCCGAAAGCCCCUCCAGAAGUUGCCACCAAAUUAGAAUAUUUAACGGGAGAGAAAAAUAUCAUAAAAUAUAUGUUUUUUAAUAACCUUAAUAAUUGUAUGUAAUGAUCAAGUUUAAAUGUAAAGGCAUCAGCAUGUAAAUUAAAUCAGUUUUUACCCUGGCCUUGCCUGUAUACAUUCCAGCUCAGUUUACUUCUUGUAAUGCAUGUCAGUCAAAGACUAAAUGAAAUCUUCACCACUAUCAUCCCUGAGAAUUGUGUGCCCCUAAGUUGCAUAAGGCCUGCUGGGAUGAACCAAAAGGACCACGUCUUGUUAGAAACGUUGUGUUCUAUUUUACAGAUCCUAUUUCUGUCCACUGACAGUAAUAAUUACAAGUCUGUUUCUGCCUGUCCUAAACUUGUUCCAAAUUGCAUUUUUCUUGGUAAAAGAUUUUGGCUUGAAUGCUCAGCCUGAAUUGUAGUGUAUUACUUUAUAUGUAAAAAAUAAAAAAUAAAAUUCCAGAAAAGAA